UCGUCACAUCAGACGAUGGCAAUGCUUUGUAGGGGAAGAGUAAUGCGAUUCCUAGUACCGGCAACACAGCAACAACUCGCCAAAGCAACUUCUUUUAUUACACCUUUCUCACUGGAAUGGUACCCUAAACCCACAUCUUUAUUUUCCAACAACCCUUUUCAAGAACUUGUUUCAUCUUCAUCCCCAGCCGCUGUAACGACGAGCGGUUUUGCUGUUAGAACUGCGAGGAUGUCGUUCUCGAGUGAUCAAGGAGGCCAGGAUGGUCGUUUCAAGUUGUCUGAGUCCAGCACUCUCCUCAUCAAGAAAGGAGAUAUCACUAAGUGGUUUGUUGAUGGCUCUUCUGAUGCUAUAGUUAAUCCAGCCAAUGAAAGAAUGCUUGGAGGUGGUGGUGCAGAUGGAGCCAUACAUAAGGCUGCGGGACCAGAACUUGUAGAAGCUUGCUAUAAGGUCCCAGAAGUUCAACCUGGAGUACGCUGUCCCACAGGAGAAGCAAGAAUUACCCCAGGCUUUAAAUUGCCUGCAUCUCGUGUGAUUCACACCGUCGGUCCUAUAUAUGAUUCUAAUAGCAACCCUGAAAUCUUCCUGAAAAAUGCAUACAAGAACAGCUUGACUGUGGCCAAAGAGAACAGUAUUCAGUACAUUGCUUUCACUGCCAUAUCGUGUGGUGUAUAUGGUUACCCUUUGGAGGAAGCGGCCGCGAUUGCUAUAUCUACAGUUAAAGAAUUUGCAAAUGACUUUAAAGAGGUGCACUUUGUUCUGUUCUCAGAUGAAAUCUACAGUGUUUGGUUGAACAAGGCAACAGAACUGCUGGGGGCAUAGUGUGUAUUAGCAGCUAGUUUAAACCAGUCUUGUCAUCUUGGAGCAUGUGAAACUACCAGCUUUCAACUUUGGAAGCAUUUGUGCAAGUGUCCUAGUAUUAUUAUGGGUUGUGGUUUUCUCUGGAGAGAAUAGAUUGAUGCUGUUGUUUGCAAUUCCCCUUGAAACAUUGAGUGUUAGAGUGCAAGUUUGUGAAUUGUCUAUUGAACCAUAUGCUGCCAAACUUUAGCUAUUCUCUUUA